AUGUCUUCACCACCGCCACGUCGCAGCACAUCGCGCGGACGCUCGCGCACACCAGCGAUACCACCGGCGGCCGAUGCGGACACAGCAAUGCGCUCAACUUCGCGCUCCCUCUCGCCCGCGCGCAACGGAAACCGGCGCACACACUCUCGCUCUCGCUCCCGCUCCUCCAUCCGCUCACGGUCUCCGCCUCUGCCAUCCUCCGCCAAAAUCGUCAUCGAGAAACUCACACGCAACAUCCAACAGCCCCACCUACGCGAGAUCUUCAGCACGUACGGCGACAUCACGUCAAUCGAAAUGCCAAUGAACACGCAGUUCAUGACCAACCGCGGGAUCGCAUACAUUCUCUUCGAGACGCCAGCGCAUGCUGAGGCGGCAAUCGCGCACAUGCACGAAGCGCAGCUGGACGGCACAUGCAUUAAUGAGACGGUGGAGCGUGAGCCCGAAGCCGAAGCGGGUGGUAGAGGAUCGAUUCGGGGAGCCAAGGAGAUUCCGGGAAGGUGGAGGAGGCAGAGGCGGGGACAGGGCGUUUGGGAGGAGAGGCUCGCCAGGAUUCAGGAGUGGUGGGAGAAGGACUCCGCCCCCGCCGCCACACGGAGGGUCGUACAGAGGUGGUGGAAGAGGAGGAGGGCCGAGGAGCUAUUCGCCGAGCAGGAGUCCGCCGAGGCGCAGAAGGAGCAGGAGUCUUUCCAGUCGCAGCCCGAGUCGGACACCGCCGCCUAG